AGGAGAACAGACUGAAACAGAAAAGGACACAGCUAAGAUGUUAGCAGAAAUACAGGAGUGCUGUAGAAACGCUUACUUACUGAGCAUCUGUCAGCAGUGUCAGUGAUUUUCCCUUGGCCAUGUGCCAAACACUUAAAAUUUUCUUCAUUCCUAUACUACUUGCCAUGUAAACUGAGGUCAUAUGCUAGUUUCUAUGGCGCUAUUCUGUGUUCAUUUCACUCCUCUUGCUAUCGAUCCUUGAAAUAAUGCUCUAGGUGUGGGUGAGAGGAGUGGGUUACAUCCCACUGUUCCAACGGAACAAGUGCAAGACCUCCUCAUGAAGCUGCAUGCAUGAAAGUGAGCCCGUGGGGCCAGAUGAUAUCCAUCCUAGGGCUCUGAGAGAGAGGGCUGAUGUGGUUGCCGAGCCGCCCUCCAUCGUCUUGGACAAACCAUGGCUGUUGGGUGAAAUCCCCAAUGACUGGAAAAAGGGAGACGUUACUCCCAUUUUUAAGAAAGGGAGAAAGGAUGACUCAGGGAACUACGGGCUGGUGAGCCUCACCUCUGUGCCUGGGAAGAUCGUGGAGCAGAUCCUCCUGGUUACCAUGUUAAGGCACAUAGGAGACAAAGAGGUGAUCCGAGGCAGCCAGCGUGGCUUCACCAAGGGCAGAUCGUGCCUGACCAAUCUGGUGGCCUCCUGUGAUGGAGUGACGGCAACAGUGAACAGGGGAAGGGUGACGGAUGCCAUCUUCCUGGACUUCUGCAAAGCCUUUGACAUGGUCCCUCACCACAUCCUUCUCUCUAAAUUGGAGAGGCACGGAUUGGAAAGAUGGACUGUUCAAUGAACUAAGAACUGGUUGGCUGGUCGCAGCCACAGGGUUGCGAUUGAUGGUUCAAUGUCUGGUGGAAGCUGGUCACCGGUCGUCCUUGGGACCGGCGCUCUUCCCCAGUUUUAUCAGUGACACAGACGAUGGAAUCGAGUGCACCCUCAGCAAGUGUGUAGACGACACCAAGCUGAGCAGUGCAAUUGAUACACCGGAAGGAAGGAAAGGCAUCCAGAGGGCCUUGGGCACACUGGAGAAGUGGGUCCACGUGAAGCUCAUGAGCUUCAACAAGGCCAGAUGCAAGGUGUCGCACUUGGGCCGGGGAAAACCCAGGUAUCUCUAUAGGCUUGGGGAGGAUCUCCUUGAGAGCAGCCCCUGUGGAGAAGGGCUUGGCGGUCCUGCUAGAUGAGAAGCUGGACGUGAGCCAGCAGCGUGCGUUUACAGACCAGCCGUCUAUCAUCUGUGAAAAGUCAUGGAGAACAGGAGAGAUGCCUGAAGACUGGAGGAUAGCCAAUGUCAUUUUAAUCUUCAGAAAGAUCAGCAAGAGGGACUCAGGCAACUAUAGGCCAGUCAGUCUCCCAUCCAUCCCGGGGAAAGUGUUAGAACUACUUAUUCUGGAUAUCAUCUUGAAGCAGGCGGAAAAAAAGGAAAAAAAAAAAAAAAAUUAUCCAGAGUAGUAAGCAGAGAUUUGCUAAGAAAAAACAGUGCUUGACUACUGUGGUAGCCUUUGUAGAUGUCAUGUCAUGACUGGCUGGGUAGGUGGCUUAGUCGCCUGGCUUAAUGCUGGAUCUGAUAGACAUUUUGAAUCGCAGGAUCCUGGAAUGGCUUGGGUUGGAAGGGACAUUAAAGUCCAUCAGGUUCCAAACUCCUGCAGUGCGUUGGUUGCCACCCACUAGGUCAGGCUGCUUGGAGCCCUAACCAGUGAGGCCUUGAACAUCUCCACAGAGGGAGGCUCUCUAGACGUGGGGGCUCUCCCAUCAGCUGGAUGAGCAGGGAUGCUCCAGUGUGACUCUAGGACUGCAGCCCUGGACAAGGGACAGCUCCUCUCCUGUCUCUGGCAUGGUGCCCGUUGACCUGCCAGCAGGUCAAAGAAAGCAGACCUCGGAAGUUUGCCUGAAGCACUUUGUAUGCAGGCUUGAAGGGAAUCAUGCCCUUCCUAUGCCACUUUGCCUCGGGGAAUUGUAUGAGGGUUGAAGCUUUGAUGUGUGAAGGCUUGGAUAGGAAAGGAUCCUAAAACCCACCCAAGCCCAAGUGCCUGCCAUGGGAGCGCUGCCACCCAGCAGGUCAGGUUGGAACAGGGCCCUGUCCAACCUGGCCUGGAGUGUCUGCAGGGAUGGGCACCCACGGCCUCUCUGGGCAGCUGUGCCAGGGCCUCACCACCCUCCGAGUGAGGAAUUCCCUCUCACAGUUCCCCUGGCCUCCACUUUUCUCAGGUCAAAACCGCUCCCCCUUGUCCUCUCACCAUCAGACCACGGAAAGUCAGUCAGCACACGCACUAGAAAUGCUGGCUGUGCUGUCGACCCGCAGACCUUUACUAGACUCUCUGCUGUGACGCCCCGGCACAAGCGCGGUGCGAAAGGCCUGAGGGAGGCCAUGCUUGCUCCCUGCUGGUGCAAGCACCCUGCUGAUGCAAGCACCCUGCUGAUGCAAGCACCGGGCCCAACGCUCUGUGCUGCCCACAGGAGCUGCUGCCCUCUUGUGUGGGUGCCACGCCCUCAGCCCUGUGAGGUGGUGGCCGUGAUGUCACAGUGGUGUCAGGGAGCGGCCAUUGUGACACGCGGGGCUGGGAGCAGAGCAAAGGCUGCUGGGCUGGGGCCGUGCUCAGUGCGGCCUGGUGAGGCGUGGAGAGAGCAGCGACUCUCUUGUUUCUCGCCAUCGAUGCCGAACAUGUCUGGAAGGAAGAAGGAGGCCCCCAAGUCUGGGAAGCCAGUGUGCAUGCUGUGCCGCAGGGCACGGGUCGACCUGGACAUCUGCGGGCAGACAUCUGCCGAUGGUGGGCUCUGUGCCCACCGCUUCUGCUUGUUCUUUGCCAACGGCCUUUUGAAAUGGAAACGCCCUACGGGGGGAAUUUUUGGCUUCCCCCCGGAUGCCAUCCAGCACACAAUCCAGCUGGCAGACCAGAAGCGCUGCUUUGUCUGUCGUGGGAAGGGAGCUGCCAUCAGCUGCGCAGAGACAGGCUGUGAGCGCAGCUUCCAUCUGCCCUGCGCCGAGAAGGGGGAAUGCGUCACGCAGUACUUUGGGCAGCACAGGUCCUUCUGCUGUGAGCAUCGCCCUCGGCAGGCAGCGGAGGCAGCUCCAUCUCACAACACUCUCUGCGUCAUCUGCCUGGAGCCCGUGGGGGACAGCACGUCCUACCACACCAUGGUGUGCCCGACGUGCAAACAGGCCUGGUUCCACCGGGGCUGCAUCAGGAAACAGGCCAUGCAUGCUGCCACCAUGCUCUUCGUCUGCCCUGUCUGCAGAGGAAAAGCGCGAUUCCGUGCCAAAAUGGCUAAGCUGGGGAUCCAAAUUCCAGUCAGACGACCAUCUUGGUGGGACGAUGAAGCGUACCAGGCGCUGCGAGAAAGGCACAGGCGCUGUGAUGUCAGCAUCUGCUAUUACCGAAGAGGCAGGGAGGAGGCAGAGGAACAGGGGCUCUGGCAGCUGCUCCUCUGCCGCUCCUGUGCCGCAAAUGGCACGCACUGGUACUGCUCCUACUGGUACAGCAGAGGAGGCACCUGGGAGUGCGAUACCUGUGCUGGUGAGGCCAUUGCGUCCCGCCGCAACUACGACCUCGGCAUCCCCAGCACUUCCAGCCAGAUGGCACCGGGGCCAUCCCCGGCAGCUGCACCCAGAAAGCAUCCCAGGCAGCGGGGGACUGGCCGCACAAGAAGCCGUUCCCCAUUGCAAGGUCGGGCCUCAGGCUCCCAGAGUCGGCCCCGAAGAUGCCGUGGCACCAGCCGUACAACAGCCCGAGGUGCUCAGAGCAGCACUCGCACCUCGGCCAGACCAGCACCACCGAGGUCCUCGAGGGCUUCCCCUCUGCCUGCACGCAGGAGGCAAUCCAGGCAGCGAGGGCGGGCCCACACUCGAAGCCGAUCCCCAGUGGGGCGUCGCGCUUCGACUUCCCGCAGCCGGCCCCGAGGAGGCCGUGGGAGCCGGUCCAGGCAGCGGGGACCGGCCCGGGCACCAAGCCGCUCCCGGGCCCAACAUCGCAGAAGACGUCCCCGCAGCCGGUCCCAAAGGCGGCGCUGAAGCAGCCACCCUGUUCCAUCCCCACGUGACGGUUGUGCUUCCAAGCGGCAAAGAAAAUAAACCGUGAAGAGAGUCCACACAUAUUGGCUUCAUUCUUCAGUGGACCAGCCCGGGCACAAAGCCUCUCUCAGGUGCAGCAACAGAGAAGACGUCCCCAUAGCCACCAGCAUCAGAGAAGACGUCCCCACAGCCAGUCCCAAAGACGGUGCAGAAGCGGCCGUGUCCCAUCCCCACGUGAUGGCUGUGGUUCCAAGCAGCUAAGAAAAUAAACCUUCAACAUACUCCACAUGUGUUGGCUUCAUUCUUCUCUGCUUGUCCUGCGGUGGGCACUGUUAGGGGCUGAGACCGCAGCGUUGUCUUCUCCCCAGC